UCAACCUAAAUUUGUGCAUUAUGUAUUCACUUCAUCCAUGGAACUCUUCUCUCUUCAAUCCCUCCUUUUCUUCUCCCUCCUCUCUCUUUUUUUCUACUUCUUCGCUUCACCAAAACAAACCCUUAAUGGCUUCAAACGUUACCCUUUAUUCGGAUGCUUACCAGGCUUCAUUAUAAACGACCACCGCCUCCUUGAAUGGACAACCCAAAAGCUCAAAAACUACCCCACAAACACUGCUGUAAUUUACAAUCCCGGCACAGUCCACGGCGUCCUCACUGCAAAUCCUUCCAACGUUGAGUACAUCCUCAAGACUAACUUCGAAAACUACCAGAAAGGCGACGUGUUCAUCGCCCCUCUUGAAGAUUUGCUCGGCCGAGGAAUCUUUAACUCCGAUGGGGAGCUCUGGAAAGUUCAGCGCAAAACGGCUAGCCAUCAGUUUAACACAAAGUCGCUUCGAAGUUUUGUUGUGGAGAAUGUGAAGUUUGAGACUUGUGCGAGGUUGGUGCCCAUGCUGACAAAAGCUUCGGAAAGAGAAGAAGUUCUGGAUUUGCAGGGUGUUUUGGAGAAGUUUGCUUUUGAUAACAUUUGCAAGGUGGUGUUUAAUGUCGAUCCCGGCUGUCUCGGCGGCGAUGGAGCCGGUGUUGGUGCCGAGUUUAUGCGUGCGUUUGAAGAUGCAAGCAACCGAAGCUGUGGGAGAUUUAGGUAUGCUUUUGAAUUUCUAUGGAGGUUGAAGAAGUUCUACAAUAUAGGAUCAGAGAGAGAACUGAAAAAAUCGAUUGCAAUAGUCAAUGAAUUUUCUACUGAUAUUAUAAGAUCAAGAUUGGAAGCAAAAAAGGAAAAUGAAAACGAUCAGGAUUUACUAUCUCAUUUUAUUGGAAGUAAUUAUAAUCCUUGUAUGAACUCACCUGAGCUUUAUCGAGAUAUGGUGAUAAAUUUUAUUCUUGCAGGACAUGACUCAACAUCGUCAGCUCUAAGUUGGUUCUUUUGGCUAUUAUCGUCUCAUCCGGACGUCGAAGAAAACAUAUUGAAAGAGCUUGAAUCCAUUCGGACAAAAAACCAAAAAAUAAUAGGCCAGUCUUAUGAGUUCGAUGAGUUAAGAGAAAUGCAUUAUCUCCAUGCGGCAUUAUCGGAAUCGUUGCGAUUGUAUCCACCGGUACCGCUUGAUUCAAAAGUAUGUUGCAACGACGAUAAAUUACCGGAUGGUACAUUUGUCGGCAAGGGAUGGAUUAUAUCAUACCAUGCAUAUGCAAUGGGGCGCAUGGAGGGCAUAUGGGGCAAGAAUUGCCAUGAAUUUUUGCCUGAAAGGUGGCUUGAAAAUGGGAUGUUUCGGCAAGAGAAUGCUUAUAGAUUCCCGGUGUUCCAUGCCGGGCCAAGAAUGUGUAUUGGGAAAGAUAUGGCUUACAUUCAAAUGAAGUCAAUUGUAGCAUCUGUGAUUGAAAGGUUUAUUGUUGAUGUACAGGAUAAGAACAAGUCUCCCGAGUAUGUUUUAUCUAUGACACUAAGGAUGAAAAAUGGAUUGAAAGUAAAAGUGAGGAAAAGAUCUCAGGAUUUUAUCAAUUGAAUUAUGUUAGGAUCCUACAUCUAUUAAGUAUAAGAUUAGUGGGUGGUUUAUUAAUCUUUAGGCUCCCUCUCCAUACAAACCGGUUUUACCCAACGCAUUCAUACAAUUGGUAUCAGAACUAGCUCUCAUAGCCUGGGAGGGCCGACGCUGGCAUUGACUCUCCUUAUAAGUCCGUUUUAAGGGUGAGUUCUACCCAGAGAAUAGUAACAAAAUUAUGUUUUUUUGUAUGUGAUAUAAAU